CGAUGAUCGAGAAGGAGGUCCAAAUUUGCAAAGUAGGACCCCAAGAAGGACGAAAAUACUUACCCAACGAGGACGGGAACAAUGACACACCCUCACCCAUUGGAAAUAUGCGGACACCAUCCAACGAAUCUGGCAGCGAAAAACAAGAGGGACUGACGACGAUGAGUCUAAAGGAAUCACAACCAGACGACGCGAACAGCGCAUACUUGCCGCUAAAGCCACUUGACAAAGAUACGGAUUGUAGGGUGACAAAGGAUAUUGUCCAUUAUAAAGAGACAGAAGAGGAAGAAG